AUGACAAUUGGCGGCAAUUUCCCAAAUCCCAAUCCACUCAUUCCAUUAAUCAUCUUCGCUACCAUCGUUAGUUCAGUAUAUGCAACGUGUCAGCUAAGUUUUGAGCAGGAUAAUAAGCUUUAUAAUUUCGGUUUAACAAACCCAAUUCUUAAUUUCCCACAUGGCAUCCUUAGUGAAGAUGGGUUCUACAAGGUGGCUGUUAAUGGGACUGUGCUAUGGUUUCAGCUCUGUGAUUCAAUGAUUUUCAACCAUGAUCCUCCUACCUGUAUUGAGUGUGGGGAAUGUGGUGGUAUUUCUCGUUGUGGUAUGGGCUGUAGUGCCCUCGUUGCUAAUACUGUCGGAGGUUAUCCCGUGUGUACUACUCUUGGAUAUUCAUCAAGCACGUCCUUUGAACUCAUUGACAAAAAGGAUCCACUCAAAGGCAUCACGGCUGAACUGUCUAACAGAGGGUCAAAGGACAACUGUUCACUUGUUGUGUCUAUUGUGUGUGAUACAAAUGGAUUUCAAGCUCCUCGGACACUUGAAUUAGUUGGGACUUGUCAUUACGCUACACAAAUACAUCAUCCUUCUGGCUGUGCAGCGAUUAGAUCCUCUCACGGAAAAGGGAUGGGCUGGUUUGGUACCAUGUUGAUCACAAUCCUAUUCUUCUUUGGAGUUUACUUGCUGGGUGGUGCAGUCUAUCGGUACUACUCUUUGGGCAUUCGUGGGAUAGAUAUAAUUCCAAACUUGGAGUUUUGGGCGAGCUUGCCACAUACAUUACAGAGUUCGUUUAUAUCAUUGGUGCGGAGAUUUAGAGGACCUUCUCAUGGUCACAGGAGCUCGUAUUCUCCUGUCAAUUUUUGAGCAAUCACAUGUUAACUACUCAUAUGAUAUGAUGAAUCAAUUUUUGGACGUGGAUCGACAAUUGAAUCUUUCAAGUUGUUGCUUUAAGAAAAUUAGAUCCCCGUGUUCCUCUCCAGUAAGACUAAAACUGGACAUACAACUUCUCUCUUUCUCAUGGACAUCCUUUCAAUUGUUUGUAAUUUCUUUGAAUAGGCUGUCAUUUUGUGCUAGUUCCUUUUUCUAGGCUGUCAUUUUGUGCUAGUUCCUUUUUCUUUCUUUUUCUCUUUUUUCUUUUCCAGUAUCAUUGUGUUCUAGUUAACAACAUUUUUUUAGGCUAUUGUGCUUCUACCAUGAACAGGAUUUGGAUCUGUACUUCAUUGUGCCACUAGUUUUUUUUUUUUUUUGGACACAAGAGGUCUCACAAUUUGUCGCGAUUUCAUUGAAAUACUAUGGUGCUAAUACGAUGAUUCUUGUUAUUGAAUUCUUUAAA